CUCACAUCUCAAGUAAGCAUAGCCAACAAUGAUUUCAGACAUCACACGCUUCAGUGAGCCCUUCCCCACUAAAAUGAGGGGCUAUGGUUUCCAGGAGGAGAGCUAUUCAGCUCACGAGGAAGAGUCCUAUCACUCCGAGGAAGAGUUCCACAGCAGCAUCAAUGGCUCUUCUGGUGGUAUAAAGUUUUUCCAGCCUGCAAAGUUUCAAUCCAUGUCAGGGCAUGAUGCUGCAGACUGGAAGAGCAACAAUAAGUUCAAUCACAGUGACACCAUGAACCACCAAAACGGCGGCUGGGGUGGUCAUGAUGCUCACCGGUUUGAUCAAGGCCAUGGCAUGAAGCAUCAGAAUGGGGGCUGGAACAAUGGUCAUGAUGCUCAACGUUUCGAUCAGGGCCAUGGGAUGAAGCAGCAGUAUGGUGGCUGGAAUAAUAAUGGUCAUGAUGCUCACCGUUUCGAUCAGGGCCAUGGGAUGAAGCAGCAGCAUGGUGGCUGGAACAAUGGUCAUGAUGCUCACCGUUUCGAUCAGGGCCAUGGGAUGAAGCAGCAACAUGGUGGGUGGAACAAUGGUCAUGAUGCUCACCGUUUCGAUCAGGGCCAUGGGAUGAAGCAGCAGAAUGGCAGCUGGAACAAUGGUCACCAUGGCUUGGAAUCUGCUGGUGGGAUGAUGAAUGGCAAGUAUGGGACUACUGCUGUUACUGCUGCACAUCAGAAGGUGCAGUAUCCUGCUGCUCACUCCUUCAUACACGAGGAAGAAGCGAUGACGGGAUACAAUGGUGGCCAUCGAUUCAGUGGCUUCAAUGAUAGCUUUGGUGGUGGCUAUGGAAGGAACAAUGGCUGCAGCAAUGUUGAUUGGAUGUCCAAGGCGAUAUAAGUAGCUUCCUACUCACGGAAGGGAGUGGGGUCAUGGCUUUCUUCACUAGUGAUAAUAAGUGCCUGUUUGGUUUGUGUGUCUUGUUUGAUGGUCAUUCUGCUGGCUUAGUACAUGGUCUACUAUGUUGGCCUCUUAAUAUGUGUACUGCUGUUGUCUAUCCAUAAGCAAUAAAAGGCUGCUAUUUUAGUGAAUCAGAGAAGUGGUUUAUGAGCUUUUAUUCCCUUGUUUUAGCAUGAUUUCAGAAGAUUGGUAACACAAGCGACUAGGUGGAAUGCAACCCAAUCAAGCAUCAAGAGAGUAAGCUGUAGUGUGAUUCUUUUGGCCCAAAUUGGUUUGACUGAUUAAGGGAGGGUGGUUGAAGGCAGAUAGAUGCCUUGAACACUAAGAAAGCCUGGGAAAUGGU